GAUCGCAGUAGCGAGGAAGUGAUUGUGAGGGCUCCCUCGUCCAGUUGAGAAAAGAAAAGAUUGGAAUAGUCCGUGAGUGUCAAAGUGAAAAUUAUAGAUUUGGGAGUAUUUUGGAAAGUUUUGCUCGUUGUUGGUAUGGUAAUCGGUUUUAAUACCUAGAGGAGUCACGUGAAGAGAAAAUCUUAAUCUUAAGUGUAGUUUUUUAUCAUCUCAACUAGUGGCGAAAACAGUAAAUCUAGAAUUUCUGAUUGUGUUAAUAUUGAAUGUGAUUGCAAGAACAAGAAAAAAUAUGGUCUACGUAAUUUGAUGUUCAAAUUAAAGAAAAAAUAUAAAACAUCUAUGUCGAGUGCGACAGCCUAGUUGAAAAGGCAAACACUCAGUAGUUCGUAAAAGGUCGAUCCAAAGUAGAUUCCUUUGUUCGCAAUAAUUCAAAAGAGCGCGACAUCGGCCUCACCAACACCUAUACACUUGCUACGGGUUUGGAAAGUGUUUCCUACAGAUUUUGCAUCACGUAAAGUAGUGCUGUGGAAGCAGCGUGCAAACUGACGGAGAAAAAGCCUGGUGUCACCGAGCUGUUAACGCACACAAGCCUCAUUCACACAUGCAACGUAUGUGCGGUUUAGUGUAGUGACUUGAACAAAGAAGCGCACCUUUGCGCUGAUAGCGAACAAAGUUUGGUUCUAGUAAAUCUGCAGCCUGCAGUGCUCAAGGGAGAUAUUUCUUCUGAUUCCGUACAAUUUCUGUGAUAGCGUUUCCCUCACUCAAUGUGAGAAGCCUCUUGGAAGUAUCUACGAAAGGUUGAAUAUCUCUCCCCUGAUGCCAACAGAGAGGAGCAGUUAAGAAAAGCAAAAAAAAAACAUUUGGAAAAGUUUCUACUAGUGUUUGCCAAAAAAGAAAUAAACAAGUGAAGCACUUAUCGGACAAAACGAGUGUUGACGUGCAUAGCGUACAUCAUCAGUGAAGAAAAGUGAAACAAAAUUGUGUAUCUGCAUUCGAUUAUGUUGUGUACCCUGCAUUUUCUUUUGGUACUGAGAUAUUUUUAUAAAAAAACAAUAUCAAAACGAGAAAAAUUACACUAAAAGAAAAAUAAUCAUAAACUGAAGCAGUAUAAUUGAUGAUACAAAGUACAUAUAGUUUAUAUUUAAUGAAUAAUAAUAAAGUGUGAUAAUAGUUUUAAAAGGUAAAUCGUACCCGAAACAAUUGACUGAAACAAUUACUGUAGUGAGUGGAAACGUGAAAAGCAAAAAUAAGUCCAAGAUGACGAACUCGCACAACAGAAGUGGUAAGCAUGGCAGUCAAGCGGAACGGUAUUUCAACAAUCACAGUCCCCAGCAAUGCGGCGGUAGUAGUGGUAAGCGAAACAACUCCACUAGUAAUAAUAGUGGUGGUAACGGGGGCCGGGGACAAAAGUCACCGAGCUCAACUUACUUUAGGAGUAUCUCAACAUCGAACGCAAUUCCGAUAAUAAAAUCGUCUUCACCAGUUAGUAGCAAAGGAAGCAAUUGCUACGUCUCCAAUUCACCUAGUGGACGUCCUCAUAGCUUCAAUAUCAAUACCAGCUAUCAACGUUCAAGUCCCGGCGGUGGUAACUUUAACAACCAUGUUGGAUCGUUACCCGGUUCGCCACCCAACUUUUCCCAUUUUGCUGGCAGUAAAUGCUAUGAUGCCCCAGCGCCCACCGCUUUGCCGAAACCACCAGUACACUGGACUUCGUCCGUUUCAUCAAUUACUACGGCAGCUUUAAAUACUUCAGCAAGUUCUACUAGCAAGCCUAUAUCAGUGUCUGGCGUCGCUAAAAAUACCAAUUGCAAGUCAUCAAUAGUUCUCUCACCGUCGUCAUCGGCAUCCAGGGUUAAAGUAAGGUCAGUGAAACCAGCAAUGUCAUGUGCUGCUGCUGCGGCUAAAGCCAACCGAAACGCCGAUUUUUCGAACAACCUCAAAAUGAUCCUGAACGUCCAAGCAUAACCAGGAAGUGCAUCCAAAGAUGAACCUACUAAGCCUACUGGUUCAGUGCUGCCAUGAUCGCUCUACCGAAAACCACCAUCGCCAAAUCAUAUUGCUUUGAAAAUAACACUGGUAAUUUCCGCUAAAUCAGAUACAUCAUUACGAGAUAAAAACAACCAAUUGAAUCCACCAACUAAGAUUAUUUGUACCCACUAUCAAUAUAACCAUUUUGGAGGCAUCAUCUGCGAGCUACAACGAUCAGAAGCAGCCAAUGAGACAAAACGACUAAUGUGAGUGAUGUAUUAAAGUGCUUGUCAAUUCUAGUUAUGUAUCAUCGUUUUUUAUAUUUUUUUUUAUUUUAAUGUGAGGCACGACAAUUCUGGUCAAUUAAGUCGGCCAUUACGAAUGAGUAUCCUAAAUUUAUUGUUUACUUUAGUGUCUCAUCUUCUGACAUUUUUACAGAAGUUCGCAAACAAAUUUGAUUUACUACUUGCAAUAUAAAUAGUAUUCCUUCGGAUGCAUCGUACUAUACAAAGGUCUAUUUGAAAAUUCAUGUCAGUUUAGAGUAUAUUGGUCAACUGCUGUGAAAAAGUCACAAUAUGAGAUAGUUCAAAUUGUUACAUUUGUAGGAUACAUGCAAGCAAAAUAUAGUCAUAUUCAUUGUUUUCAAUUUUUUAUUUGUAUGCACACUAUUACGUGUGUUGCGAGCGACACCUCACGAAGUAUAUAUAUAGAAUUGAGGUUCGAUCAAUGAAGAGGCGAUGAUUGAAACAAUUGCGUAUAGGUACGAUACAGUAAAGACCAAAACAAGUACGUAGUGACACUUCCAGCUAAUGCGCAAAUAGACGUCCUUUCCAACAACCCUAUUUAGACUAGUCACGACAGAUAACCUUUAGACUAUUGAAUUUCAUCUGAGUCUAUUUUGGAAAAUUUUCAUCAUUAAUCUAAUUAGAAGCAAACCCGAACCCCAAAAUCCACUCUCUAAUUGCGCAUCAGCUAAAGAGUUCAACGACAAGUCAAUCUAGCGUGCUUUAGAAAAGCUGCGCAUGAGACAGUAGUAUAAAGAUACAUGAGAAAUAAAACAAAUACAGUACAAAAUCGAACUAUUAAAUGUAUGUUUUACAAUAUUAACAAGCAAAGCAAAUCAAACACCGACGAAUAAACACAAGAAAAUGGUGUGUGAAAUCAACACACAUACAAGACGUUAAGAUGGAGGAGUUGUUGCAAAUAGCUAUUGGCUAGCAAAAAAUGUAGGAGCAGAAGCUCGUGUGUGUGUGACAAUAUUGUAGCAAAAACGAGAAUCGAAAGACUUAUCACUACUGAUAACGAAAAACAUUCAAAACAACACAUUGGACGCAUACGAUGAGGGUCAUGAAAGUUGUUCAACAAGCAUUGCUAAUGUGGGCAAGCUUUCACGUUUACUCGGCCGAAGCUGGACUCCGAUGUUAGAAGCGAGUUAGUUUACGGAUAAACCAAUAUGGGCCAUCUCUCAGGGGGCGGAGUUUAAAAACUUUGCCGACCAACAAAAAUGAUUUCCCCACUUCAGUUUAAAAAAAUCAAUUUUUCAAUAUUUGCAUUUAAAGAAUUCUGCGCUUGUUUUGGAAAAUUAAAAAAUUAGGUCUCUUGUAAAUAGCAAAGUUUUAAAAUUACAACCCGUAAAUAUUUGUAGGAGAGAGUGUGCCUUCUAGUAUUUUUACAAACGGGGAGAGUAGACGAUACCCUGCAUCAUCACAAUAUUAUUUGUAACUCCGCCCUGAAAAAAUAUUUGCUGUAAGAUACAAUAUGAUGUUUGCGAAGCCUUUGAAAUAUCUACGAAACGUCGCAAACUAUCAUCUUGCGUCGCAUAGCAGAAAGGUAAAGCUUUCGGUAUUUUUUUAUUUUUCUAUUGCAAUCGCAAACCCUUUGGUGCACAAAUAAUAUCUAGACCGUCAUGUCGAAAGAUUGUUAGGAAUUGAUUCUAAAUUGCAGCAAAAAAAAACAUUUUAGCCCAGUGCAAUAAUGCUGAUUCGAAAUUAAAUAAGUAAAAUUGGUAGUUUCACUGUUUGCAAAGCACACUAAAUUACACAGUCAAAUCUAUCUUAAUCUAAAGUUGCAAAAUACAAAUAACAAUAUCAACAGUCAACAUUAUUUUUGCAUCGAAAAUUGUACGAAGACAUCUUAACAUAUUUGCAAUCUAGGUUUUAUGUUUAACUAUAAAGUAAUAUUUUCAAACACAACAUUGCUGCAAAUACUUAUUUGAUCUCAUUUACCCUAUCCUUUUAUGCUAUAAAUCAGUUGGAAAAUGCUUUUAACAGGCUCAAGCUAACAGUCGGUUGACAGACAUUUUAUGCUACGAAAAAAAACUCAUGCAUAAAAGUGCAAUUUGGUACAUUUAGAAUAGAAUGACUGCGUAAAGCUUUGAGAAUACUCGAAUAAAACGGUAUUAUGGUUAGAUAUACUUGCAUUGAAUGCAGUUUUAAUGUUUUGCAUCGAAACAUCGUUCGUGUCAAGUUUCUAAAGAACCGUAUUAGAAUUUUACCAGUUCGGAUUCAUCCAUUUUGUUCUCGAUAUUUUGUAUACUCUACAAUAUAGCUGCGCAUAUCAGACAAAUGUCUCUAAAUUGGACUUUGACUGCUCGUUGAAAUGUUAGCUUAUUGUUGAAAGAUUCUAACUGAAAUCCUGUAACAUUUUUCGAUUCUUCUUUGCUAUCUUAGUUUCUAAUUCUUGAAAUAAAAGUUAUCUAAAUUGGUGAACCAUCGUGGAAAGCAUACAGCAAAUAAAAUGAACUACAUGCACAUUGUAUAGAAAUUAAGUAACAUUGAAAAGCUCCAGCAUAUUGAAAGAUUAAUUAACAAGCGUAAACAUUACCAAACUUUAAACAUGCAAAUCAGCAAGAUAGUCACUUUUCAUGAUCCUAUAACACUAAAUCAUUUUCAAUUCACAUCAAGACAGAACAAACUUAAUCAAUAAUAGAAAUGUACACCGAAAUUACAGCUAACUCGGAAACGGCUAGAAAAAGUACUAUAGUUUUAUUCUGAAUAUGUAAUGUUCAAUGUUUAUUUGUUGACCGAAACAAUAAUGAAUGAAGAAAAAACCAUUCGAUACGAAGUAUCGUUAAUUUAUAGUUUUAUAAAAAUUAAAGUGAACAGUGGACUCCAUUGUUCAGAUAGACCCGGCAUAAAAAAUAAUUAUUCUAAUGCUUUCGUUUUUACUUUUUCAUUUUCUUUUUAUCAUUUUAAAGAGACAAAAAAGACGAAACUCGUCAUGUGCUUCCUUUUUUUAAUGUUAUUUGCAAUAAAAAUACAUGAUUUUUCAAGACUGCUUCUUUGACACAGCUUUUUCAUAAAACUAUUCAAAUGGUUAGCUUCUUCGAGCAUGGUUAAUUGCCUAAGCAUGUUUUGUCUUGAGUAAGUUAGGGAAGAAGUCAAAAAAAUUUCGCAUUGGUUUUUUAGCAAAUCAAACGUAUCGUCUACCAGGCUUACUACGGGCCAAUAAAAUAAAUGUAUGUAAACUGGGUACGUUUUCAUCUGAGCAGCUUGUUCAGAAAAGAAUAAGUCGCAUUCGGUAUGCUUACUUUUAGCUUACUGUCCCUUUUCUCCAAUGUUAGAUGAGCGUUUUCUUUUCUUUCUUAUUUUUUAAAGCGCAUUUAUUUUUAAACUCUCGUCCUACGAUACUUAAAAAAACAUAAAAAUUAAAAAAUAAAACAAAAAACCGUUAUCUGACGUCUGAACAAUGGAAACCGCGCAACACUUUGUAAUAAUUAUGAGUUAUUUCAAAAAAUUGGCAGUAUAAAGCAUUCAAUAACGGCAACAAAACAUUCAAAAAUAUAGACACAACUCUUGAACGGAUGUCCAAUCUCGAACAGAUUUGCAAACGAGAGUAUCACCGUAUCAUGCUUUAAACGAAAUUUUAAACAUUCAUCUGCGAUAUAAAUACAACAGCCAAUACUGCUAAGAUUUAUGUUUUCUCAUUUUGACACGAAAAAUGGCAUGCAGGAUAAGUCGAACAAAUGAAAACAAAAAGCGAGCCAACAGGAAAUAAGAAAGCGUCGGUAAUAAUACCAAGGGAAAUAUAGAAGCAACAGCAUCCAAACGUUUGUAUCGAUAAUUCCAUAAACAAAAUGGAAGUCUUGUAAACUCACACGCACAUACAAUGAAUUGCAUUUUACUUAUUCUUCUGUAUAUUACAGAAAACUGAAAUAUCCACUUCAAAACAAUGAGAAAGUAUGUUGCGCGUGAGUGCUGGUUUGCUUUCUAAAGGUGAAGACUAGAACUGGCUUGACAGACACAAGAGUAAUGAGAUUGUAAUGAUAAACAAUGGGAGACCUUUAGAUGUGUAAGUGUAAUAAAUAUUAGAACUUAAACUAUUUAGAGAUGUAACGGUAGAAAGGUUGGCAAUGUUCUGUGAUCCCUAUUUCAUUUGAAGCUGCUGCUUUUUAGGAGAGAUAAAAAUCGAAAUGAAUUUUCGUUUGUUGAAAUUGUUGGUUGGAUUCACACAUGUGAGAAUCUUGAGUACUUGUAAAAAGCAGUAACUAUUAAAGUGUUUGUUUGGUGAAUAUGCUUAUUUACCAGUAACAUUAAUGAUAAAUCCACUAGAUUUUUGUAACAAACAGAAAAGUAAAAUGAACCAAUUCCUUAUAACACAAAACGCCAUGUACUGUAUCAACAAUCACAAAUUACUGUAGUUUCAGGUUACAUCAAAACAAUUUUUUUUGAAUAAGCAAAAGCAAAUCAACCCAUUUAGUUUAACGUUCAAUUUAUUCAGUUAAAUUUGAUUACUUCACUUACAUCCAGCUUAACAAGAUUGAAUGAUGAUAAUCAGGUAGAUUCUGUUUUAUUUUUAACUGUAACAAAAGGAAAACAUUGUGAUUUUUAAAAUUUAUGAAACGUGUCGCAAAUGGAAAAAAUCCAUUAAAAAUAUGGAACAAAUCAACGUAGAAAAAAAAGAGUCUACUGUCCGAAAAAAAUAAAAAAAGCUAUGUAAAAAUAGACAACAACUCACAAAAUCCCUUUUCCACAGUGAGUGGUGCAUUUGAACCACUUCAUCUCCAAUAACGCAAGCAAUAAUCAUCCUAACCUUCCUUGGUUCCUUGUCCUUUCCUAUGCUGACCUCGCAAAUUCCAAUCUCCCUUCUUCCUAUCAUUCCCUCCGUGAGGUCAGCCCCAAAUAAGUUACCGAAGAGUUAAAAUGAAUUUUCUCACUGACUUAACGUCAAUUCUCACUCAAAACCAAACACAGGUAAGAUGCUUAAGUAAAUAUGAAUACCCAUCAAAUACUGUUUCAU